UUGAACAAGCAACAAUUAAAAAAAGGGAUGAAUGACUUUGUCUUCGUUGUCUACGUCAACGCGCUUGCCCUCUUCUUCGUCUUGCUUUCAUCUUCCCUUCUCUUCUAGAGGACAAGAACUUUUCCACCUCUCGCAUGUGUUGGCGUCUAAAUUGGUUUUCAGGUUUCCGCCAAUUCUAUCUGUCAACAAGUGCGACAACUAGUCCAUUUUAAAGCUCCAAGAGACAUUUAUAAUCUCUUAAAGCUGACGGCCACUACUUCCUUAAUAGGACGAAGCAGUUGCAAAUAUAUAUUAGGUUUCUGGUCCCUUUUCUCAGACAUGUGUAUGGAAUUCACUUGGAGUGCUUGCCCUACUGAGAGUCUGGAAUCCAUUUUUUGAGUUCAAGAGAAGAGAAUACGAAACCAACAGUGGAUCGACAUCGAGAUGUCAAGGCAAAAUUGGGCCAAAGUGAUUUUAAAAAACUACUGUAAAAUGUGUACCUGUCUUUAUGACUCUGCAGUUUCAAGAGAGAGAGAGAGAGAGAGAGAUAAGAUGAACAUGGAGGGUUUUCUGCCAUUUAUUGGAAUGGUGAUCGCGAUGAUGGUUCAAACUGGCAGUAUGGUGGUAAACAAAGCAGCCAUGUCCAAAGGGACCAACGCCUACAUAAUCGUAGUCUAUGCCAACGCCGUCUCCGCCCUCAUUCUUCUCCCUUCCGCUCUCAUCUUCCACAGAUCGGAGCGCCCUCCCCUUACAUUCUCCAUCCUAUGCAAAAUCUUCUUGCUAGCACUGUUUUGUUGUACAUCGCAAAUAUUUGGAAAUAUUGGCAUAGAAUACAGCUCUCCCACACUUAGCACGGCCAUGCUUAACCUCAUCCCAGCUUUUACUUUCAUACUUGCCAUCAUUUUCAGGAUGGAAAGAGUUUACUGGAGAAGCUCAAGCAGCCAAGCAAAAGUUUUGGGAACCAUAGUAUCAAUCACAGGAGCAUUUGUUGUAACAUUUUACAAAGGCCUCCCAAUCAUACGGCUAUCAUCAUCACUUGCUAGUUCACUCAACCAACUGAUCCUUUCCUCAUCGAAAUCAAACUGGAUCCUCGGAGGGCUUUUUCUUGCAGCUGACGCCUUGUCAACUUCUUUAUGGUACAUUCUGCAGGCAACAAUCGUUAAGAAGUACCCUGCAAUUGUGUUCAUUGUCUUUUUCCAAUGCUUAUUCGCGACCAUUCAGUCUGCAGCAUUUACUGUAAUUGCAGUUAGAGGUGCAAGUGCCUGGGAAUUAAGGCUGGAUGUGGGGAUCAUUGCUAUUUUAUACACAGGAAUUGUUUCGACGGUUCUCCGAUACAGUUUAGUCACCUGGUGUGUGAAGAAAGCUGGAGCUUUUUAUUGUUCUAUGUUUAAGCCUCUUGGAAUCAUUUUUGGUGUGAUCAUGGGUAUCAUAUUUUUGGGAGAUUCAGUCUAUCUUGGAAGUUGGUGCAGCCAUAAUUGUUACUGGAUUUUAUGCCAUGAUGUGGGGAAAGGCCAAAGAAGAGAAGCUGAUCGAUAUCGAAUCACUAGACCAAAACAAGCUCCCUUUGCUACAAAACGGCUUACAAGAGAAGCAGUAGUGCACAAGUCUUUCUUUCUAUGUAAAUUAAAGACAAUAUUAAUUGCAGAUUAUUUGUUAAAAAAAAAGGAGUAAGAUUCUCUUC